AUGAUCGUUCCUCGUUUCCACCAGCCGCAGCGAUUGAUUUUGUCUGUUUUGGUGCUGUCCGGGGUGUGUUCCAAGCUGCUGCAUAUAUAUCAACACCGCUCUUUGCCCCUACCGCUACUGGCACUAUAUCUUCCCACUUUUUUUAUUCAAGAGAUCCUGCUGUUCGUCACCGUAUGGAUUCUUCUUUAUACUACGACCGGUCGGUGGUCGGUGGCCGCCGUCAUCGGAUCGGCAUUUAUCGCGUUGGUGGCCAUCCUUAUCGGGAUAUCGCGACAAAAAUGCACCGAUCUUCUAGCAACCUCGUCGCAAGUCAGCUUUUACUCUCAGACCGGAAGUGAGAUUCGAUGGGACGCAGCCAGAUCUGUGGGUGCCAGCCGACAAGGAAUGAACUUGAUUUUGAGCGGACUGGCACCCAUGGUGGCUACGGCGACGGUCAUCUCAGUGGCCUCUUGGCUAGCAGCCCAGGGGAUCUGGAAUGUCAUGACUCGCUGGCUGUGCUCACUUGGCCAUCUCGGCGACACAAAGAUGUAUCAUCAACUGCCGGGGCCGUCGGAUCUGAGAAGUCUAGUGUCUAACAAGUCGAGGUUGUGGACGCUCGUCGCUAGUGCGGUCACUCUUGGACUUUGGUUGGUGAGGCCUGCUGUGCCGUACAAUCAUAUGACCGGAGCCCUACCGUUUACCAUGCUGGGCGAGCACUCCCGGGCCCGUCGGAUUGCGGUCGAAUCUUUCCCGCUGCCCGGAUUGAUGGCGGAGGAAUUUCGGGAGCCCGCGCGCGACCACUAUAGAGGGUGGGCACCUACGAUGGAUGACUUCGGGAAUACUGGAUAUGGUAAUGAGAAGCCAUCAUGGGCGCAGGGUCCUCUGCCUGCGGCCUUUGAGAGAUGGAUGGUGAGCGCCGAAGCAGGGGGCGCGGCAAACACGAUAUCGACAAACGGAAGUGUGACUGAGACAACGGAAGUCAAUUAUGAACUCGACGGUCAGAAUAAAACCGCUGAGCCACGGCACUAUUUUUAUAAUCCUGCGCAGGAUCCGAUGCGAAUAACCAAUCUUGAUUUGGAGCCUCUCGCUCCUUUGCAGGAAGCCUUGAAAGAUCAUGCCAUCCCUAUCAACCACAUUGUGUUUGUCUUUUUGGAAAGCGGCAGGAAAGACCUGUUCCCUUUGAAAAAUACAUCGCGGCUUUACAACCAGAUCCGCGAAACUUACGAGAUCUACGGAGAAGAAGAUGAGGCCGAUCUACAUGACAAGCUCGCCGAGAUCACCCCCAUAGCAGAAAUGCUAACGGGUGAAGACUCAGGCUUCGGUUCGUCCGUCGACUCUACCAACUCAGAAAUGGGUGGUAUUAGCUUCGACGGGAUCCUGUCGGGGAGCAGUCUGUCGGCCAAAUCGCGUCUCGUUAACUAUUGCGGCCUUGGUCCGUUGCCCGUCGAUUUCAUGCACGAAAAUGAUAUCAUUCCGUAUCAACCGUGCUUGAUGCACAUUUUGGAUCUGUUCAACAAGCGCAAAAACUCUUCUCCAUCGGAGAAUGCUACGAGUGAUCCGCUCGAACGCGAGUGGGAAACUAUCUAUGCGCAGUCUGUCACUGGAGAGUUCCAGGAACAGACUCGGCUCAUUGACUUGCUGGGAUUCAACCAGUCCCUAUACUCUGAGGAUAUUGAUAUGGAAAACUCGACAUAUUAUCACGAAGGAAUGGAGAAGAUCAAUUACUUCGGUUAUGCCGAGACUGAGGCCCGCCCCUACAUCAAAGACAUGAUUGAUGAGACCCUUCGCCAGAACAAGAGAUUGUUCCUUUCCCACUUUACCAGUACUACGCAUCAUCCGUGGGGUACACCGGAAGGGUUCCACCGCGAGGAAUACUUCGGCGAGCUUCACAAAUCCCAACACGAGCACAUGGAUGGCUUCCUCAACGCGAACCGCUUCGUCGAUACCUGGCUGGGCGACCUGAUGAAAUUGCUCAGCGACGCCGGUAUCGCCGACGAGACCUUGACCGUCUUUGUCGGAGACCACGACCAAGCCUUCAGCGAAGACUGCCCCGUCACAGGAACUUACCACAACCCACACAUCAGCAACCUCCGCGUUCCCCUCCUAUUCCACCACCCCCUCCUCCCCCGCAUGCAUCUCAACGUCAACGGCAGUGCCGUCUCCAUCCUCCCCACCAUCCUCGACCUCCUCGUCAACACCAACUCCCUCAACCCAGACGACACAGACAUCGCCCUCGACCUCAUGAACGAGUACGAAGGCCAGUCCCUCAUUCGACCCUACCGCACCUCCCACCACGGCCGUGAAGCCUGGAACAUGGCCGUCAUCAACGCAGGUGGUUCCAUGCUAAGCAUCGGCUCCGCAGCCGUUCCCUGGCGUCUCAACCUCCCUCUUAAUAAUGACUUUGAGUACCGCUUCACUCACCUCGAUAAAGAUCCGUAUGAGCUGGAUCCUAUCUCGGGUUGGACUAUGAGUGCCCUCGCUGCGGAGGUCCACUCGCGCCAUGGCCCUGAGGCAUUCGAGUGGGCGCAGAAGGCUGAAAAAGUUGGUUUGUGGUGGGUGAUGGAACGGAAGAAACUUUGGAACUAUCGUGAUCCCGAGUAA